ACUCGCGUUCACACACUGUUGAUUACUGACAGGUUAGGUAGCUCCAUGAACAGGAGCACGCGCUCUUUUCCGGUUUUACUGUGCUAGAAUUGAGACGGCACCAUGAAAGCUAAGGGAGAAUUGAAGGAGUUUGAAGUGAUUGGGCGUAAACUGCCUUCAGAGAAGGAGAAGCAUACUCCUCUCUAUAAAAUGAGAAUAUUUGCACCGGAUGGUAUUGUUGCCAAAUCAAGAUUUUGGUACUUCUUACGUCAACUUAAAAAGUUUAAGAAAUCAACUGGAGAAAUUGUUUCCUUGAAAGAAAUCAGAGAAAAGACACCAACUAAAAUAAAGAACUUUGGUAUCUGGCUGAGGUACGACUCUCGAUCUGGAACACAUAACAUGUACCGUGAAUACCGUGACUUGAGUGUGGCUGGUGCAGUCACACAAUGCUACCGUGAUAUGGGUGCACGUCACCGUGCCAGAGCUCACUCAAUACAGAUUAUCAAGGUAGAGAUUGUUAAAUCUGCUAACUGCCGCAGACCACAAGUCAAGCAGUUCCACGACUCAAAAAUACGCUUCCCAUUACCCAAGAGAAUUCAACACCGCAGCGGCAUGCCAGUUUUCAGUGUUCGCAAACCUAGAACUUAUUUCCUUUAAAAAGCUGCACCUCAUCCAAUUUUGUUAUAUUUCAACAAAAAUAAAUGUAUUAAACUAA